AUGAUCAACAUAUAAAUACUGAUGAUUAUCAAUAUAAUAAUCAAUUACAACAACUACAACAACGACGACUAAAUCAACUACAACGACAAAUACAACAUCUCCAACUACAAGUACUGCAGCGACUACAAGUACAACAACGACAAAUGCUACGACCAGAACUUAUGUCCAUGGACAAAGCUAAAACGACCUGCGUUAUAACAUCGUACAAAUUGACUGACGGCUACAAUAAAAUGUGUAGAGACCUGAAUCUAGAUGCCAUGGAAAAUCAUUUCGCUAAAGAAAAGCAUGCUCUGGCUCUCUGCAUGGAAGCAGUAGGUGGACGUUUUAGAUGCAUGGCUGCGAGAAUUGCAUAUCAAGAUCACCCCUACACAAAAUGUAAAUCAUUUUAUAUAAAGCCACUCCAAGCUGCGGAAGACGAAAAAAAGUUAUUGCUUCAAGUUUAUCAUAUUAAUCCAUUGGAACCUCAAAGUCAAUUCCAUCCUCAAAAUCAUGUGUUUCAUAAUAAUCAACAGAUUCCUUACAAUGAAUGGAAUCCUAAUGGUGAAUCGAGUAAUAAUAAUCAUGGAAAUUAUUAUCCAUGA